AUCUGGCACCCGGAACCUUUUCGACUUAGGUGUUUCGCGUCGGGCGCAUUUUUACAGUGGACAUCGUUGUCAUCAUGUCGAGGCACCUUCGCUUCGUUGCGCGGACAGUGAUGGUUCAGGAUGGCAACAUUAAUGCAGCGUACCAGAAUCUCAACAGGGUCCUGAAUCAGGAAGGGAUUGUCGAAGCGGUGAAGCGCAAGCGCUACUUUGAGAAGCCCUGCCGAGAGCGACAGCGGAAGAGCUUCGAGAGCUGUCGGCGGAUCUACCACAUGGAAAUGGCCAGGAAAAUUAGCUUCAUCUCCAGGACAAACAGAGAGGACCCCUGGCUCGGCUGCUAGAGGAAGGGAGGUGUUAAGGAACAUUGUCGGUGGUUGAGACAAAGCCUGUCACUGUCACAUUCAAGUGAACUUUCAAAAUACUGAUGAUAAUGACUGCCAUGAUGUCACAUUGUUCAUCAGAAAAACAAAAUGUGCUUUCGUUUUUUCAUGUCAACACUGAGUGUUGUUUUUCCUUUUUUUCCCCCCAUCUUAGAUUCUAACAGCUAUGUUUAUGUUGGUUUUUGGUUGUAAUAAGCAGGUUAUUGAACAUUAAGUCUGUGCUUUGAACCUUCCGACAUGAUCUUACUGAGGAAAAUGCUAAUAAAUGUGUGACUUUUUCCGAAA